AUGCCGAUUCUAGAGGACAAACCGAAGUCACAAGGUGUUUUUCGCAAUCUUACAUCUACAAGAAGUAUAUCUAAUGGACUGGUAGAAUCUAAAAAGUUAAUUUCUAAGAGUGUAUCUCAUAUGCACGUAUUGUAUGGACAGUUGCUGGCUCAUGAUUUCGUACUUACGCCCCUGGUAAAAAGUAAUGAUGACACAGCUUUAGAAUGUGACUGCGAUAAACCUGUCUCAGAUUGCAUAAACAUAAAAAUUCCCCCUAGCGAUAUUCAAUCGCAAAAGGCUAACAGAAAAUGUAUGCCCCUGGCUCGAUCAAAAGCUGCUUCUGGCAUCAAUGGAUGUGUAUUUCCUCGUCGCGAACAGAUAAAUGAAUUGUCAAGUUACAUCGACGCGACUUUUAUUUACGGGAGCUCAGACCGGAUUGCCAAAGAACUAAGAGAUCCGAGGUCGAAUGCAGGUGAAUUGGCUACUGAAUUGAAUCCAAUAGGUGGGCCUCAUCGUAAUCUCCCGAAUCAAGACCAAUUAAAAAAUAAAGAGAUUUCCAAAGUUGUUCAAUGCCCGAUAAAAGUCCACACGCCCAAAAAUACUCCAUGCUUUGUAGCCGGUGACGUCAGAGCAAACGAGAAUCCAGGACUUACUUCUUUGAUUACGAUAAUGGUUCGAUAUCACAACUAUGUUGCGAGAAAUCUCAAGUCCAUUAACAAAGCAUGGCCUAGUGACAAAGUAUUCAAUGUCGCUCGACGUAUUGUAUCUGCUAUUUAUCAAUCGAUCACAUACCGAGAAUUUAUUCCUCCGUUACUGGGGCCAUUGUGGUCAAAACGGUUUGAUUUGAAGUUAACAGACGAUUAUGCGUAUUGGAAUGGAUACGAUCCGCGUUACAAUUCAGUGACUCAACUUCUAGAAAAGGAAGGAGGGGGAUCUGGCGCAUUUAUGCGCGGUGACGGAGGGGAAGUCGGACCAACAUUUGCCUGCAUAUUGGCCUACGGAUUUCGCGCAUUGAAAAAGGGAGAUCGAUUUUGGCACGAAAACGAACGUUCUCCUUCUUCUUUCACAACUAAACAACUCUCUUCAAUUCGAAAGACAACUUUAGCAAGUAUUUUAUGUAAAGUUAGCGAAGACAUGAAGUUCGUGCUGAAGUCACCUUUGAAAGUAAGCAACGCAAAUUAUGAUAGAUUUGUCAGUUGCGGUAGCGUUUACGAUUUAGAUUUCUACGCUUGGAAAGAUGAUCAUCAAACAAAUAAGUAUAGCAGAAAAUCUCACGCUAACUCAGAGUGGACAACUUGGUUUAUCACAAAGUAUACGAAUAAUAGAUUUGUUGAUUGGCGACAAGCAGCGUCACAAAUAUCAAAAUCAAGACCUGGAGGCAUAUGCGAAAAUAGACUUGGGUUCGAAACUCGAACCGUGCCUAAGAGCAGUUUUAUACAAAUUCGGUUUACCUGUCCAGCUGGUUCAAUACGAUCUUCAGACUUCCCCUUCCAAUUAUCACAAAAUUAUUAUUGGUCACAAUGGAUUCACCCUCGCGACAAUUCGGUCGAAAUAUAUGAAUUUAAAUGUAAAACAAUUGUUGCAAUUCAGGCAAUGUCGGGCGACAAAUUUGCUGGGGAAACUGGUGACGUUUUUGAGAAAUUUGGAUCUGAAGCGGGUUUUCUAUGUCGAGACAACGAUCAAUACAAGGGAAAAUGCCAAAAAUAUCGAGUUCGUGCUCUCUGUCUUAGAAAUAUUAAAAUGGGAAAAGAACAUUUCCAGGAACAAUUUACAACCAAGCAAUCAGUUUCUUUGUAUCCCGAGUCUAUCAUGCCAACUAAGCAUCUCUACCCUAAACCUACUACUACAGCUGUUCCGAAGAAGGCUUUGGAUAGGGCAAAUUCGUACUGUGUGGCGUACAAUGUGUGCUGUAUCCCUCCUAGACGUCACAACUUAAAGUAUUCGUCAAAUCGCGUUCUGACGUACGCCGCGAAUUUGUGCAAAUAUUAUGGUAUCUGUUGCAAACCUUAACGUUUGUGUGAUACAAUUAAUUUUGUUAAGUUUUAAUUAAUUUAUUCUAAUUAACUUUUCAUACAAUAAUUCGCUUAACCCUACCGAGGAGCUGGUUUGAAUAAAUAUCAAGUUUGAUUAUCGUUACUUUCUGGUUUUGUGUACAACUCAAUCGAUUUGUUGCAUCCUGACUGAAAAAAUCGGGCAAGGGCUGGUCGCAGGACCGGAUUUACCAACAUGCAAGGCAGGCUGAAGCCUCGGAACCCCUACAUUAGAAAAUAGUGACUUCGACAUUCAAUAUUGAACCAUAAUUCAUUUUUAACCUGUUUCCAAUUUUAAAAAGCAAAGUUUGCAUUUUUUAAUCAGAUAAAUUAUAGACGGCUUUCUUUGUUGCAAAUAUUCCCAUUCUAAUUCGCGAGAACUAUAACAUUUUAACCUCAAAAACACUGAUAUGUCGCUGCAUGGCCAAUAGAUUAACCGCGGUGCUAACAUAUUAUUGGUUUGUGUGAAUAGCGUUUUAUUCUACGUUACAAUCAACCCAACUGUUUAGCAUUUCUUAAACUUAAAUAGUCUGGUUUAACAGAUACGUAUUUGAAAAUUGGGUAUCAAAUGUCGGAAUUAUAUAUAUAUCAUUUAAUCGAUACAAAUGCACUUGAGCAAACGAAAAUGGCUAUAAUAGACAAAUAAUAAUUUGAUAAAAUAGUUCAUGGUUAGCAAUAAAUAGUUAAAAAGGUUUGUACACACAAAUCCAAACGUAAUAAAAUCCUAAUCUCAGUUGUGAAUGCCAGUUAUAGAAUUUAGACAAUAAAAAUGUCACGUUAUGUGUUGUAUAAGAUAACCCGCUUGAUAAUAUCUGCUGAAGAUUGUAUAUAUCAGUUUAUUCGUGUUUUGGAUAUGAGCCAUGAAAUUCUAUAGUAAUUAACAGAUUGGAUUAUAUAUAUCUUUGUAUACUGAAGCGAUAAACAGGCGUAAGUAUAGGGCAAGUCAAUACAAACAGAACACGCAAGACAUGAUGAACCGGUAGAUAAAAUCUUGUUAAAAUAUGUUCACCAUGUUCGUCAAUUCAUUUUUAAUCUGAGAGAUCUGACCUAUUACGCGUUUGUCAAAUUUAUAAAUAAAUUAAAUUUUGUAGUGCUCCGUAUCGGCAACAACGAAUGUUAUUUUAACGAAAUAUCUUAUUUCCCAAAUGUCUGUGCGAUUUACAAGGUAUUCUUGCGUAAAAAUGAACACGAAGAAAGUAGCGCAAGUGCGAAAAGUCGAUACAAUAUAACAAAUAAUACAAUUUCGAUAUCUAUUUCAUGACAAGACUUUUAUCCUAGAUAUUUUUCUAAUCUCGGGAAACAAUUCUCACAAAUUCGAAUUACAACAAAUUCACAAAUUUGUAUUAUAUAUCGUCACGCUAAUAACCGAAUUGCGUAAGUCAUUUUUGGCGAUUUUGAGUUUUUUAUAAAAUAGGUAUUUAUGUAAUGCAGUAGCUUCCAUAAUAUUGGA